CUGUGGGCCUGUAAUAGCCUCAAACUUCCGGUCGCUGGUUGAUCGCACGCUUUCCUUCCGCGGCUUUGUCAAACGAUCAGAUAGCACGCAGGCUUUCAGAAACUAAAGACAAAAUGAGCAAAGCCCACCCACCAGAGCUGAAGAAGUUUAUGGACAAGAAGCUUUCCCUGAAGCUGAAUGGAGGCAGACACGUGCAGGGCAUCCUACGAGGGUUCGACCCAUUCAUGAACCUGGUGGUGGACGACAGCCUGGAGAUGGGACCUGGAGGUCAACAGAACACCAUCGGCAUGGUGGUUAUCAGAGGAAACAGCAUCAUCAUGUUGGAGGCCCUGGAGAGAGUAUGAGAAGAGAGGAGGAUGGUGGAAAGGAGGAGCUACAGUUUUCCAUUCUGUUCUUUCUUUGUUAGACAGCCACCAUAGUUGUACUUUGGUUAGUUUCUGUUCAUUUGGAUGUUUUGCAUGAAUGCGUUUUUGUGAUUUAAUGGAAAUAAAUCAAACGUUUCUUUCUA